AUGUGGCGGCACGCCCUCAAAGACCCCUCAGCGGCCGGCGGCAUGGCAUCAGCCAGGCUGGGCCCGCUGCGCGGCGGCAGGGCUUGCCACGUCGGCGGCUCUGGGGUCCUGAUGGCCCGUCGGCGCAAUCUGAGGGUGGCGAGGGGUCGAUCGGCGGCGGGCGGGCCGGUGUGCUCGUUCGACAAGGUGCUGAUCGCGAACAGGGGGGAGAUCGCGGUGCGCGUGAUCCGCGCGUGCAAGGAGCUGGGGCUGAAGACGGUGGCGGUGUACUCCACGGCGGACAAGAACUCGCUGCACGUCAAGUUGGCGGAUGAAGCAGUGUGUGUGGGCGAGCCUGCCAGCGCCGUCUCUUAUUUGGAUAUCCCCUCGAUUCUCACAGCAGCUCUCACACGAGGAGCACAGGCUGUGCAUCCGGGCUAUGGCUUUCUUGCAGAGAAUGCCGAGUUUGUGGACAUGUGCACAGAACAGGGCUUGACUUUCAUCGGUCCCAAAUCUGACCAAAUUAGGUUGAUGGGCGACAAAGCAACAGCAAGGGACACCAUGAAGGCUGCAGGCGUGCCCACUGUUCCUGGCAGCGAUGGGCUGAUUGAAUCGAUAGCCGAGGCGGAGAAGAUUGCGGGGGAGAUCGGGUUUCCCCUCAUGGUGAAGGCAACAGCAGGUGGUGGUGGUCGUGGCAUGCGCUUUGUGGAGAAUGAAGAGGAUCUGGUGCCAAUGAUGAAGCAGGCACAAAGUGAGGCAGAGGCUGCCUUUGGCAAUGGGGCGGUUUAUAUCGAACGCUAUGUUCAAGACCCAAGGCAUAUCGAGUUCCAGGUGUUGGCAGACAUGCAUGGCAAUGUGGUGCACCUGUAUGAGCGCGACUGCAGCAUUCAGAGGAGGAACCAAAAGCUGCUGGAGGAGGCGCCCAGCCCUGCACUCACACCUGAGGUCCGGAAAGCCAUGGGCGACGCUGCCGUGAAUGCUGCAAAGUCCAUCAACUAUGUUGGCGUUGGGACAAUUGAGUUCCUGUGGGAACAGAAGGGUUUCUAUUUCAUGGAGAUGAACACGAGAAUCCAGGUGGAGCACCCCGUAACCGAGAUGAUCACUGGGGUGGACUUGAUCCAGGAACAGAUCAAAGCCGCCAUGGGUGAGAAACUCAAGCUGCGCCAGGAGGACAUCGAGCUCAAAGGCCAUGCUAUUGAGUGCCGCAUCAAUGCAGAGGACCCCUUUAAGAACUUCCGACCAGGGCCCGGAAGGGUGAAGGAGUAUCUGGCACCUGGUGGACCCCAUGUUCGGAUGGACAGCCACAUCUAUCCCUCCUACAUAGUACCGCCUCAUUAUGACUCGCUGCUGGGCAAGCUGAUCGUCUGGGCAGAGAACCGUGAGGAGGCGAUCACCCGGAUGAACCGGGCUUUGAGCGAGAUGGUGAUCGAGGGCGUGCCCACCACGACAGCAUACCACAAGCUCAUCAUGGACACAGAGGAUUUCAGGCAGGGGAAUGUGAACACAGGCUUCAUUCCCAGCCAUGCGGACGAGCUGUCCACCCCACCCGAUGACCAGUGGAAGCUCAAACUGGGCAACGGGAAGAAGAGCAAAAAGGACGAGACAGUGAGCAGGGUAUUGGGGCUGUCAGAUGCCUCCUGA